CUUCAACAUUUAACAUUCAGAGGGAGAUAUUACUCAUAUUACUCAAUGCGAGAAAACAACUAUUGCGCAACUCCGUAGCCAUGAUCAAGGCACCGAGGACACCUUUUGUGUGCCUCCAAUGUCGACUAGUUGGACCUCAGAGAAGACAGCGCCUCCUACGAGGUUCUGCGACGGCACGUCUGUUUUCUACCUCAACCUUUAGAUAUAAAUCUAGCACCAACUCUGCUAGUACAACUCCCGGUUCCGACGACAUACCCAUCUUGUCUCGACCUCCCACGGCCCCUAAGGCUAACAUUGAUAUCAAACAUAUCCGGCAGAAUCCAGCCCUAUACGAACAGACAUGUCUUGAAAGAAAUUACAAGGCCCAAAGCACAUAUCCCGCCCGCAUCAUUGACUUAUUUGCGCAAUGGCAAACUCGACAGAGGGAUAGCCGUAGCAUGCGCGAGAGGGGCAAUGCCUUGCGUCGACAAAUCGCAAAUCCUGCUACUAUACAGCAUGAGGACGAGGAGACUGAGUCCGGAUCGGGAAAGGCAGAGUCGAGUGCUACGGCUACAGACGGGGAUAUUAAAGCCAUGUCGAAAGAGCAACUUAUCGAAGAGGCCCGAACCAUUAAGGACAAGCUAUCAUCCAUUGAAGAAGAUGAAGCCCGUCUCGAGGCGCAAAUGACAGAGCUUGCGCUCGCCAUUCCUAACCUAACUAGCCCUAAAACUCCCGUUGGAGAUGAGCCCCGCGUUCUUAGCUACAUCAAUGAGCAGCCGGAACCGACACCCUCCUCGUCGGAUCGUGUAUGGCGAUCCCAUGUGCACAUCGGGUCUGAAUUAGGCCUACUUGAUUUUACCGCCGCCGCAACAACGUCCGGUUGGGGGUGGUACUAUUUAAUAGAUGAAGGCGCUCAGUUAGAACAGGCACUUAUCAACUAUGCGCUUGCCGUCGUGACCAAGCAGGGCUCUGGGUGGCACCAGGUCGCCCCGCCAAGCAUCGUAUACAGCCACAUCGCCGCAGCCUGUGGGUUCCAGCCGCGCGACCAGAACGGCGAGCAGCAGGUUUACAAUUUAGCCCAGUCUGCCGCCGAUGCCCAGCGCGGAAAGCCUGAACUCUGUCUCGCAGGUACCGCCGAGAUCCCACUCGCCGCCAUGAAGGCCGACACAAUCUUGGAAGAGGCUGACCUACCUAUAAAAUAUAUCGGUGUGUCGCGAUGCUACCGCGCAGAAGCGGGCGCCCGUGGCGUCGACACCAAGGGUUUGUACCGCGUACACGAGUUCACCAAGGUGGAGAUGUUCGCGUGGACGCCACCUGAUUCGAAUGCCACCGCUGAGGUCUUCGACGAGAUGCUCGACCUACAGACUGAAAUCCUCCAGGGGCUAGGCCUAUCGUGCCGUGUGCUUGAAAUGCCAUCAACCGACCUCGGCGCAUCCGCCACCCGCAAAUGCGACAUCGAGGCUUUCUUCCCGAGCCGCCGCGGUCCGGACCGUGACGGCUGGGGCGAGGUGACGAGUGCCAGCAUAUGCACUGAUUACCAAGCCCGCCGACUUGCUACGCGACUGCGCGGCUCGGCUGGUGCCGGUGGCAAAUAUACGUAUCCCUGGACCGUCAACGGCACUGCGCUCGCUGUUCCCCGCGUCCUAGCCGCGGUGCUGGAGAACGGAUGGGACGAGGCGGAGAUGACGGUUGAUAUUCCCGAAUGUCUUCGGCCGUGGAUGGAUGGAAAAGAGAAGAUUGGGUUGAAACAUCAAGCUGCUGUUACAUAACAAGGUCCUUUUCCUUUUCUAUGUGGACCCCAAGUCGUCGAUACGUCUUUUCGGCAAAACAAUAACCUUAAGCUUUAACUUUGUAAAAAGAUAGUUAGUCCUGGGAAUUCGAACAUUAAAAGGGGUAAACGGGCUGGGUUACGCUUUUUGUACUAUUACCUAGGUUAUAUAUUUAUCUACAGUGUCUAUCUAUACUGAGUGUCCCUUACACACACGCGAUCGGGGAGUAAAUAGCAGGACACGAGCGUGGCGUGGACAUUACAUAUCGAUAUAUCUCAACUUACGUCUUUUAUUGACAAGGUAGGACAAAAGACAAAAACCACUUGUUAGGAGUG